GGAGACAGCUCUUAAUUCCUACACUAUCUCUAUACUGCUGGCGCAGCACAAUGCCUCUUUUUUUAUUCUCUCAAGGGAGAGAAUAACAUGUUUUCCAUACUUGUUUUUAUUCAGAUUCACGUGACUGCUAGUUUGGGAUCAUGUGACGCAUCAUGGCUGCGCCCAGCUGGCUCUGGGUUCCCCAGCUGUUCCUCUAUUUGGUAGUCCCCUCGUCGGCCGGGUUCGUGGCCGAAACGUUAGAGCAGGUCUGCGGUAGCUGUGCUGGGCCCAUGAGAAAUGAGUCCGCAGUAGCCGUUUUCUGCGGUUCCCGGGUGGGUUCGGUUCGGCGGGGCCGCUGCUGCUUAGAAAGGGACAAGAAGAUUGUUUUGGGGUUGGAUUAUGGAAACUGCUCAUUGCAUCAGUUGUGCUCUAGCUUCCAGGAAGUGAAUACAGCUUUUGUCAUUGAUCUGACUGAUAAUCCAUUAGAAAGUGUGCUUGAAGACCACUUCCGAGGAUUCACUCAGCUGCAGACCCUUGCUUUGCCCCAGAAGCUGGAUUGUCCUGGAGGCAAUGAAGUAUGGAAAAAUAUCACCAUCCAAGGGGACAAUCGUAUCUGUCAAGAUCAAAGGAGCUCCUGCAAUGGCUCAUUGGGACCUGUUUGGGUAUGCCCAGAGGGAUCACUUUGUAGUUCUGACGGACCCGGCUUGUCUCAGUGCCUCUGUGUAGAGCCAUACCAUGGCUAUAAAUGUUUGCGCCAGGGCAAUUUUCCAUACCUGCUUUUCUUCGGAACUUUGGGAGUCAUCACCAUCACUCUCUCCACCUUCCUUUGGAUCACACAGCGCCAUAAAGCGAAAACCCUUUAAUGGCCUCUCCAUUCUCCAGGUCCACCAACACUUCACAAAGGAGGUGGGAGUUUACAAGUCUUGUCUGCUGUUACCCUUUGGUUUUGGAACUGGAGAUUCCCAAUUUUUCUGGGGGAAAUAAUUUUUGGAUUAGAGCCUUUCAGAGUGGUUAUGCUCUGUUACAUGUUCGAACACAUGGGAGAAUACUGUAGCAGUUAUUGUACAGGAACACAUUAUUUCCAACUGGACCUGUUAAUUGGCCAAUGCAUACAAGUUGGGGCUAUCAAUAAAAUGUAAAAAGAGAACUGGGGGAAAUUAAUGUCUUAUUGAGUGAUAUUCUUUGGAGUGUUCAUUUAAUUUCUAAUAAAGUAAAUACAACUAAUCAGGGUUGUGACUGGAUAUGACGAAAACCAGUGCUUGUGUGACUCCUGAUUGCUUAGGGCUUAAUCCAGAUUUCUUUCUUCUACUAUUAGAAUCAGGGAGCCUGAGGAAAAAGUGCUAGUUAGAAGCAGUAUAAGGGUGCUCUUUUUCAGGGGAAGUUUUUCUGGGUCUGGAAUAUUCAAAAGAGAGCUUAUGAGACACUCAACCCCAUCCUUACUCCUGUUACUUCAAGAAAUCUUUUGGAUUCUACCAUAAAGGGACCCAGUUGUUCUGCCUUAAAAUUUAAGGGUUUAUUUUAAUAAAUAACUGAAGCAUAUUUAUUUCUCUAGCCUUUACUCUUUUUUGGGACCUGAUUACUUCCAAAAUAUCUGCUCUGCUCUUUUUCCCCAUGCAUAUUACGGAAAGCUUGCAAGUUUGCCCUCUUUCUUUCUUCAAAUGUCUUCUGCAAAUCAUGAAGCAGUCGGAGAAACUAUCUGUCUGCAUUCCAGGGCAAAGUUGAACUAAUAAUGCUGGAUAGCCAUUUGUCUGGAACGGUAUAGAGUUUCCUGCCUAGGCAGGGGGUUGGACUAGAAGACCUCCAAAG